GUUAAAAAUGCUAGACGGUUGCCAAAAUAUUGUGAGCAUAGGUUUAGCGCUCUUAACAUUAUAUUUAUUUGUUCGCUGGGCCAACAUCUUUGUAAAAAAGAAAAGGUAUCCACCAGGACCUUGGGGAUUUCCUAUAGUUGGACAUUUGCCAUUGCUGGGAGGUGAAUUGGAGAAAACAUAUUUACAGUGGUGGAAACAGUAUGGCGAGGUUGUAAGUUUUCGGUUAGGAAGUUGGAAAGCUGUUAUUGUAAAUGGAUACGAUGCGGUGAAAGAUGCAGCAGAAAGAAGCGACGAUGUUUUCUCGGGAAGACCACCACUUUUAUUCAACAAGGCUGUGACCGAGACAUUUGGUGGAUUAAAAUUAAUCAGUUUUGAAACAUUCAGCCCGAAAUUUCUCCAUUUAAAGAAGAUUGCCAGUAGAGCUUUGAAGAAUUACAUGCUCAACUGUGAUUACCCUCACGAGGAUUUAUUUAGAGAUGAAGCUAUUAAAUUGUCAAAUAAACUCUUCAUGCAAGGAAACAAGGAGCCCAUGCAACUAGCAUCUCAUGUUGAACUGGCUGUUGAAAGUAUGGUGUAUCAAAUGUUCUACGGAAAAGGAAAGGAAGAGGAAAUAGAAGCAAACGUGCAGGAAGUCGUUGACGCAAUGUCAUACAUAAACAAGUUUUUAAACGCAGAUAAUUCGGUAAAUUUUAUGCCCUGGUUGCUUUAUCUAAAACAGGGGAAAAUCGAAGAGUUUAAACAAGCUAUAUUGGCAACGGACAAGGUAACUAAGUUGAAAGCAGAGGAACGCAUAGCUACUUUUGAGCAAGGUCAAGUAAGAGAUAUGGUAGAUGCAUUGUUGGCUUUUUCAAACGAAAUGCCUGAAGAAGAAAACGCAGAAUCCUUUCCAAGAGCAUACCUCAUUCAUCAAAGAGUAGCUUUUCAAACUGCUAUAUUCGAUCCUGUUUGUCGUACGAUUCUUUUUAUCAUUCUGUAUUUGACCAAAUAUCCAGAGGUACAGGAACGCGUUAACACAGAAGUAAGUGACGUCAUUGGGAACGAUAAAGCUGUUGGAUAUAAAGAUCGGGACAAUCUGCCGUAUCUAAAUGCUGUUAUUCUUGAGGUGAUGAGGAUAACGAGCCUGGUUCCAACAGCAUUACCACACAGUGCCCUUCAUGACACGAAGUUUCGCGGAUACGACAUCGACAAGGAUACCAUGGUCUUCUUCAACUUGCAUUCUGUUUCACACGAUAAAUUAUUUUGGGGCGAUCCGGAAAGUUUUCGACCAGAAAGACUUUUAAAUGAACAAGGUCAUGUCGACAAGGAGAAACGUUUUCGCAUUCUGUAUUUUGGUGCCGGAAGGCGUAGAUGUAUGGGUGAAAUGAUAGCAAAAAUCCUUGUUUUCAUCACGACUGCAACAUUGAUGCAACGCUGCUCCUUUAAAAAGGCGGAAGGUUGUGACCUGGACACCGAGCCUAUCCGUGGCGCAGUUUAUGGUCCAAAACCAUUUAAGGUCAUCGUUCAAAGCAAAUAGAUCAAAGGACUAUAUUUACUAUAUCUAAUAAGGAAUUAAUUGGGUUUCUUUCAAAGUGGACUAAUAUCAUAUUUACACUUACUCACUUUUAAGCACCUAGAACAUAUAAUAGUCAUCAUGAUGAUAAUA